AUGCACACAACAAACGAUAUCUAUUUGGAUGAGGAGGAACCAACGCCUGAAUGGGUAUUUGAACUUCAAGAAAAAUUUCGUGAAGACAUGGAAAAGAUUCAGGCUGAAUUUCGUGAAAUAGGAAAAGAGUUGAAUGAAAUUAAAGUCGGAAUCAAAAAAUCGAACGACCUUAUGGACUCAUCAAAUGAACUCAUGGCCUCGGCUAGAGCACAUUUUGCAUCAUCACAUGAACACAUGGCAUCGUCGAAUGCCAGAAUAGAAUCAGCAACAUUAGAAAAAAAAAUGUUAUUGGAAGAAAGCACUAAAAUACAGAACAAGAUUCAUAAAGCUGAAGUCGAUUAUGCAGAAACAAACAAAUAUUGGAAAGAUUUGAUAAAGAAAGAAACACAAAAACGAACUAAAUCUCGUCGUGUUCAAUCUCGACAACCACCGAUGAAACGUUUAAACAACAAAACUCAUGAUAACAAACCUACAAAGAAAAAUAAGAAUAAAUGA